CAACCGCUGAUGCUGACUUUUAUUCUUUAUAGAACAUGAUGGGUCCAUCCAAUGCAUACCGACAGCUUUUGUGUUGCAUGAAACAAGUUGCUGCUCACCUGGAAUAACCCUCCAGGGUCUCAGUCAUGUACUCGCUGUCCACAUGAACUGUCGGCAGCUGUUGAAAGGCUCGUUACCUAUCAAUCGAGUCUAUUUCCGAGGGGCAUCUACCGACGCCUCGGCCAUGGAGUCAAGGGUCAACCGACCAGUUCUGUACGCCAGGACCUCAAUUCAUGCUUAGUGGUUUGGACACAGGGAAACCACUAGCUUAAAAUUUCGGCCAAGGCGAAGACAAACAGCGAAUCUGCGAGCAAGAUCGAUGCAAGGCUUUCGUGAUGUUGCACAAAGCUAAACAGGCUCUUGGAAAGCCGUGCUGGUAGGAUGGAGAGCGCACUGGUGCUCUUGACUUGACGGCCGACGAGGCUGAAUAGAUCUUUCCGUUAGUGGCUCUGGUCACAUUUGUGCUGCGGUCCCACAACAUAAAGCGCUCUUCGUGUAUUUGGAACACCCAUAACAAGUAGGGUCCGAGCGGUAUCGACCCAUUCAAUCGGCCAGACGGUCCUUCAGUUCAAGCCGACUCCAACGCGGGCGGGCUUCCAUGACCGUGUCUCAACGGGUUGCUGGCCAGUGGGGUUAAAAGCGGUCAUUGUCGCAGGGGGGCUCGUCCACACCAUACUGGGUGCCGAGGCGGUACGAAAAAGACGUAUAUAGGGGCUCUCUCUGCGGCGGGUUUGGAAACCAUGUCUUCUCGAGUCGUACAGCCCAAGUCCGUAUUCCUCAGCAGCCUUCUCCCUUCUCUGCUCCGGCCCUAACCCAACGACUUCUCUACGGACAGCAUGACUACCAACGACAGCCGCGCGCCCCAAACGAAUCGCGAUGGUGCCAAUCCAUCUGAUUAGGAGGAGAAAAGCCCGUCCUCGUCAUCGGAGGCGGUGUCGUGGGCCUCCUCGCUGCGUACCAUCUGGCUCAGGCGGGCAUUGAAGUUGAAGUCAUCGAGAGAGUAUCAGGGCCUCCUGAUGAUCCUCGUGCCUGCGGGUAUCACGGUCCCGUACAGCUUUAUCUCGAGAAAAUAGGACUGUACAAAUUGAUCCGAGAGGAAGGGUUCAUGGUUCGAGGGAUGCUCUGGAGAACCUUGCCCAAGGACGAUGGCGAAGGCGGCAAGAGACUCGGAGACAUCCUCGCUUCACAGCCACUCGCUGCCCCAGACGACACGGAACUCAAACCGGGAAAUGGGAUUUUGAAUCUAUCCCAAGGCAAGCUAAACCGACUGCUACUUCGCGAGGGUUUGAAGAGUGGUCGAGUGCAAGUCCACUUCGACACCGAAUUUACAUCAAUGCUGGAAAACACCGCCGAAGGAGUCACAGUGUUGGCCCGUGACACCAAGACUGGCGAGAAAAAGAGAUGUCGCGCGAAAUACCCCGUAGGUACCGACGGCGCGCACUCUGCAGUUCGCAAGGGUCUUGGUCUUUCCUUCGCGGGCCACACGUGGCCAGAACGCCUGUUUGCGACCAAUGUCAUGAUCAAGAACGAGGCCGUCCCAUUUCCCACGCAUUUCCUCCUGGAUCGCAAGCAUUGGAGCGUCUGUACGCCUCUAGAAGACCCCAUCGUUGGCCAGACCACAUUGUGGCGUUGGGCCAUGGCCAAGGACCCUGAAGCAAGGUUGUCAGGCGACGAACUCACCUCAGACGAGUACAUUUUCAAACUCUACGAGCGGACCAUGGCAGGCCCCCGACCGCUGCAGGUGGAAAUCAAGUGGCGCACACUCUACAACAUUCACCAACGACUUGCACCAACGAUGCGCAAGCGUAAGAUUCUCCUGGCCGGUGGUGCCGCGCACAUUUGCAAGCCCAUUGGCGCCCUCGGCCUCAACACGGGCAUCCUCGACAUCGAAGCAUUCGCCGAAGCCCUGAUCAUGAUCCUAAAGGAAGGCCGCUCCGACGCCGUGCUGGACGUCUACAAUGACGAACGACGCAAGGUGUUCCAGAACUUUGUCGACCCGAUCUCAACCCAGAACAAACUACGGCUGCAGUACCAGCCACCCGAGAUGGCCGCCGAGGACGACUGGUACUUGCGCAUCAUGGCCAAUCCGCACCCGACUAAGGAACAGGUGAUGGGGUUGAUGAAGCCUUAUUUCGAGGACUGGAGGACUGAUAUGAGGAAGGCGGCCCAGCGUGUUGUCUAGUCUAGGUGCGAGGCGUAGAGCUAGGUUAGGUAUAUUAUAACCGUAUAACACAACAACUGGCACCCGAACAUGUUGGGAGGACGUCUCUGCCUGUUCUACAAUAAGUUGAGCACAGCUGCGGUACAUUGUUGCUGGCAGCUAUAUCUCCAUUUGAAUGCUUUCUUAUACAAAUAGUUUCCAUCUUUUGC